UUGAGAAAAACACUCAUCAAAAAAUAACAAUGGUCGCUAGAAUCGCUCAAUUAGAAUACAGCACUUACGGACACAUCCACACCGUCGGUGACAAGGUCUUCGAAGGUCUCAAUGAAGCUGGCGUCCAAGUCGACAGAUUCAGAAUCGAAGAGACACUCCCAAAGGAAGUUUUGGCUAAGAUGGGUGCUCCAGAGAACCUCAGAGCUGAUCUCCCAGUCUUUGAGGCCUCAAAGUUACCAGAAUACGACGGUAUCAUCUUCGGUUUCCCAACCAGAUACGGUAGAACCCCAGCACAAGUCAGCGCUUUGUUCGACCGUACCGGUGGCAUCUGGGCCAAGGGUGAACUCGUUGGAAAGUUCGCUAGUGUCUUUGUUAGCACUGCUUCACAACACGGUGGUCAAGAAACUACCGCUUUGACCACCUACCCAUUCUUCGCCCACCACGGUAUGAACAUCGUCAACUUCGGUUACCAACACCCAGCUAUGUUCGGUCUUGACGAAGUUGUUGGCUCAAGCGCAUACGGUGCUGGUACCCUCGCUGCUGGUGACGGUAGCCGUCAACCAUCAGAAGCUGAGCUCUCAAUUGCCCACGCUCACGGAAAGCACUUCGGUUCCGUUGUCGCAACUCACAAGCUCGGUAGCGAAAAGUAAGUUUCGAUAUAAAAAAUAGGACACUUCAGACGCUUAAAGAAUCGAAAUGAAUGAAAUUGACUUUUAUGUGCGACUGCCAGUUUCUAACCCAUUGAGACAGCUUUCAUUCGUACCUUUUCGUGUCAUUGAAGUUGUCGUUAUCGUGAAUGAAAAAUUUCUAACAAUUGUUUCAGAUUAGCUGCCAAAUUAGCUGCCGAAAAGAACGGUGAACCAGCUGCAGCAGCUGGUACCGAGGGUGCUACCAAGUCAGCUGAGGAGACUCAAGAAGCUCCAAAGGAAGAAUCUGCUGACAAGCAAGCUGAGCAAGACAAGCCAGCUGAA